UAUCAAAGAAAAUGAAAAAUAUUUGGGCGGGGUUUUUUUUUGUGUCACCUUGACAGAAUUACUAAAUUCUAUUUAAGAGCCUUAUUUUUCGAACAUCAAAAAUAUAAAAGUUUCUCCCUUAAGUUAAAUAUAGUUUUAUAACAUAUCUAAUAUACAUAUUUGGUUCAAUUAUCGCUUUGAAGAAAAACUUCAAAAUUUUUUAUCCAAAAAGUUUUUACGAUGGCUUAUGGAUUCGAUUUGGAUUUUACUGAAAUUAUUAAUGAUAGAAACAAUCAUUUACAACAACCAACAAAUGUGAUCCAAAUGGAACAUACUCGAAUGGAACUUAACCAAAUGGAACAUAAUCAAAUGGAACAUACUUCAAAUGUUCCAUAUAAUAAUAACUUUAAUAUUUCUCGCGACUCUUCAGAUACGACAACUUACACAACUGGCAAUUACGAAGAAUCCUCCUCUCUUAUGGAUAAUCAACUUGGUACUUCAGCUCAAUACUAUGAUCCUACGUCCACUGCAUCAUAUUACGCGCCGCAGUAUAACUCUACACUUGAUGAUAUUCAAUUCCAAAAUAACUUCUCAUCAACUUAAUAUUCCCGGAUUUAAAAUUAUCGUUAUACCUAAUUCUGUAGAUUUAGCUAAUUUGGAUUUACAAAAUUUGUUUCCACAAGACUCUAACCCAAAUAUCGUUACUGAAAACUUGCAAACUCACUCUCAAAAUACUUUUGGUUUAAAUGAUUCAUUUGAUUUUAAUAACUUUUAGUAACUAAAUUUCUUUUUAUCUAAUUUAUAUUAUUAUUAUUAUUUCUUAUCUGUAUUUUUUAAAUAUGAUUUUAUUAUAUAUUCAUUAUAUAAAUAAAG